GCCGGCUGAUCUGGGGACCAGUGGAUCAUUAAGCCUUGCGACGCGAUGCCUCUGACAGUGGCUACGCUCGCUGAGCAGGCAGGCUGAGCAAAGAAUCAGCCGGGAAACGAAGAAUAAAUACGGUAUUGAUAAACUUGUUGCAGCACUGAUAUAUAAUCAUGUCGAGUAAGGAAGUGAAAGCUGUGCUGAAGACUGCCAGAGAAGCAAUAAGAAAUAAAGACUACAAAGAAGCACUCAAGCAAUGCAAGGCAGUACUAAAACUGGAGAAGAAUAAUUACAAUGCCUGGGUGUUCAUUGGUUUGGCGGCAGCAGAACUGGAGCAGCCUGAUCAAGCCCAAGCUGCUUAUAGAAAAGCUACGGAGAUUGAACCAGAGCAGUUACUAGCAUGGCAGGGUUUGGGAAACUUAUACGAGAAAAUCAACCAAAAAGAUUUUAAGCAGGAGUUGCCAAAUGUAUACCAGAAGCUUAUGGAACUUUACCUGAGUUCUGAGAAGCAAAAGUGGUAUGAGGUUUGCCAAAAGCUUGUAGAGCUUUAUCACCAAGACAAGAACUAUUUGAAGGUUGCUCAAACAUGGCAUGAAUUCAUUAAGAUGAAGCAAGAUGAAGAUGUCAAGAACAGUGAACUUUAUGAGCUCUGGAAACGGAUGACUCUGUUAUUGGGACAGGAUGUGGAGAGCCAUGACCGUGAAACACAGCAACUGCUAAUAACUGCAUUUGAAAAUGCGAUUUCCUGUGUGGAAGAGGUGCCAAGUGAGGAACAUAGAAUGCUCUAUCAACACUUCAUUUGCUGUUUAUCUAAGCUCCCGUCUGAAGAAACAAAGUUAAAGGAGAUGUGUGGCAGUAUGGCUUCUUUGUACCCUUCCCUCUGUUACCCUCUAGAAGUCCUUGCUUUGCUGUACAUUAACUCUGAGGAUGUAAGUGAAGAAGCUUGCCGGUGUUACAGCAGUCUGGUGGAACUAGAACCCUUGAAUGGCGCAGGUCUCAUUGGUGCCGGCAUCAAAGCUCUUCAUGAUAAAAACUAUGGAACAGCUUCUGAAAACUUGUCUCAAGGAUUGCAGAAAGUGAGCUCCUGUCCUUCUGCAUGGUGUUAUCUGGCAAAGGCCGAGCUGAAAAUACAUAAAUCUGCCAAGGCUAUAUUAUCCUGUGAACAAGCUAUUAAAGCUUUGACACAGGCCGAACCAUCAUCUAGAAGCAUUCUGCAGAAAAAUACAGCCCUUCGGCUGAAGGCGGAAGCCCUGGUGGAAAGCAGCGAUUUGCACAGUGCUGGUGAGGCAAUCAAAGCAAUUGAACAGAUCUCUGAUGGCGAUAACGAUCCCGAAAUAUGUGCUAUAAAAGGUCAAGCGUAUCUACAAGAAGGAUCCGUGGAUCUGGCUUCACAGAUUUUAAACAAGCUUAGACACUCAUACCCUCAGCUGGCAGAAACAUUUUUCCUUGAAGGCCAACUUUAUUAUUAUCAGAAGAAUUAUUCUGAUGCAGAGAAAAGUUUUCAGCAUGCAAUUGAAAGGAAGCCAGAAACUGCAGUCUAUUACUACUACCUUGGGUUGACUUAUUGGUAUAUGAGUGAAGAAACCAAGCGAGACAAGACAAAGGCAAUUACGCAGUUCUUGAAGUCUGCAAAACUGGACCCGUAUUUGCCCAAAGUGUUCUGUUACUUGGGCCAUUACUACAGAGAGGUGGCUGGCGAUAAAGGCCGCGCUCGUGGCUGCUAUAAGAAGGCGUUUGAGCUGGAUGGGAAUGAUGGAGAAUCAGGAGCUGCCGCCGUUGAUAUCAGCAUGGAGCUCGGAGACAUGGACAGCGCUUUAGCAAUAUUAUCCGGCGUGACGGGAAAGGCCAGUGCAGGGUCUGCGAAAUGGGCCUGGCUCCGACGGGGUCUCUUUUACUUGAGGGUCGGUCAACACUCAAAAGCAGUAUCGGACUUUCACGCUGCGCUGAGAGCGGACCCCAAGGAUGCAAACUGCUGGGAAUGUUUGGGAGAAGCGUAUUUAAGCCGAGGUGGUUAUACAACGGCUCUGAAAUCCUUUAUGAAAGCCAGCGAACUAAGUCCAGACUCUGUGUACAGCAUGUACAAGAUCGCAUCUAUCAAGCAAAUCCUGGGGACAUACAGAGAGGCAAUAAUUGAAUACCAUCAAAUCAUAAAGACAUCUGGAGAAUACGUACCAGCGCUUAAAGGUCUAGGUGAAUGCCAUCUAAUGCUUGCAAAAGAUGCUCUUGGGGACUUUUUGGAUGCAAAGGCAGUGGACUGCAUAGAAAAAUCAUUACAAUUUCUAACUAGAGCCGUCCAGCAACGUCCUGACCUUUCGUGUUUGUGGAAGCUACUUGGUGACGCCUGCACUUGUUUACAUAGAGUUUCACCAUCCAAAGUCAAAGCGAAUGUCCCUGGGGCACUGGUUGGCCAGAACGAGGGACUACAGAUCAUGGGCAAAUCAGGAAUCCUGGAACUAGGGGGGAGGUGUUAUGGCCGUGCACUCAAACUCCAGCCCACAGCGAACCUGUGGUGUGAUCUUGGCAUCAAUUACUACUACCAGGCACGGGACUCCGACAUUAUAAAGAGUAACUCCGAUGGCUUAUUGGAAAAAUCAUUGCAGUGUGUUAAAAAGGCUGUGAUGAUGGACAGCGGUAAUUACCAGUACUGGAAUGUUCUGGGUGUUAUUUCUUCCUCCAAAGGUAUCAAUAACCACGCUUUAGCACAACAUGCUUUCAUCAAAUCCAUCCAAUGCGAACAGAAUAAUGUUGCGGCGUGGACAAAUCUGGGUGCCUUAUACCUGGUCAAUGAGAGUAUUGAGCUGAGCCACCAAGCCUUCAAUGUAGCUCAGUCCCUUGAGCCAUCGUAUGUGAGAUGCUGGAUCGGGCAGGCGUUGAUAGCAGAGGUUGUUGGAAGCUAUGAAACCAUGGAUCUUUUUAGACACACCACGGAGCUCCUCCUGCAUGAGGAGGGCGCGAAGGGAUACGCACAGUGGGUCUGUACAACUCUUCAAGAUAAAAGCAAAAGGAACACAGAUCUGUAUCGUUAUGGCAUUGUGCAGAUGAAUGCCGUCACUGCUGCACACCUCGCUUUAACUAAAUAUACAGAACGGAUUCGGGAUGACCAUGCCGCUUUCUCAAUGCUCGGCUAUUUAAGUGAACAUCUGAACUUGAGGAUCCAGGCCAGGGAAGCAUACGGCAGGGCCGUUUCAAUUCUUCAUGACAUGGAAGACCAAGUGAAUUAUAAUGUUGCCCUUCGUAACUAUGGCCGAUCACUAUGUGCUACGGGUCAUUAUGACGAGGCCAUCCAAGCCCACUCGACCACCCCCCUGACUGAUUUUGAUGACCUCACUGGGAUUGCUCUUGCGUACUUUAAGAAAGGAUUAUUACAGGACAGCGUGAAAGCAUAUAGGAAGGCCUUAUCCAUUGCAAAGUCCGAGCAAGAAAAAGCACAUAUCCUCACCGCACUAGCAAUAAUCGAAUACAAGCAAGGUGAAGCUGAAUCCUCAAAGACUCUCCUCUUCAAAUGCUCUGUUUUGAAGGAGCCAAGCAUUGAAAGUCUCCAAGCUCUAUGUGCCCUAGGAGUCGCAAAGCGGGACGUAACUCUAGCCACUGCCGCACUUAAUGAGCUGCUCAAACACUCCCGGGGUAAAGAUAAUAUCUAUGAAAGAUGUCUGAUUACUUCUGCCAUAUACAUUUUGCAGGGAAGAUAUGGUGUGGUACAUAGACAAGCCUGCAAAGCAAUACACAGUCAUCCUGGAAAUCCUCAGCUGUGGUCGUUACUGUCUAGGCUGGUUCCCCGUUAUGCUCCAAGAAAUGCAAAGGGUGGAGCAGUUGCUGGGUCCGUAGCUCAUAUUCUUAACUUAAGUCAGGCGAAGGAAUCCUUGUUGUAUGCAGCAGUAAAUGAACUAGCAGCUGGAACCCUUAGCACUGACAACGAGAAGAGAAACCCUCUGAAGACUUUGCAAAGAUCAGCUCGUUACUUCCCAGAUAACCCUGCGGUAUGGGCUGGAUUAAUGGCUGCUUGCAAAGCCGAACACGCCGCGUCCUUCCUCAGAGAUGUGCCGUCCAAAGAGCGUAGUAUUAAUACGGCCCUGCUGGUCUCCGUGAAAUCAAAGACCCAAACAAUAAAGAAUGUGCCCAUAAAUUAUGUCCAGGCGCUGGAGAACUGGUCUUUGUGUCAAGCUGUUUCCACCUUGAAGGACCAAGACAGGAUAUCAGAGGCUGAAAGUCUGUGCAAAAAGGCUUUGCAGAGCUGUCCAGACCAGCCAUCUUUGUUUCUUCUCUUGAGGCAGGUGGAGGCUAAGCAGCUCUUACGCUCCCGCGCUCAACUCCCUGAACCUGUCCUAGAGGAGCUGAAGAAAACUGUAAUGUCCGGCGCUACUUCGUACACAGCUUGGCAUUGGCUAGCGGACGUGUACCAGUGCCAAGGCCUGAUGAUGGAUGCAGAGAUGUGCUAUAGGAAGAGUUUGCAGCUGGCAUCACAACAAGGAAGCUGGAAUGGGAAGCUCUCCAGCCUUCUCCGCUUAGCUCUUCUUGCACUUAGAAUGUGUAUGGCACAGGAUGCUGACAGUCGCUGGCCGGCACUCCUUCAGGAAGCCACGAGUGAAGCGCUGAAAAUGACUGCAUGUCCUCUCGCCAUCCUUCUCCAAGGACUACUGCAGUUCAGUACCAAGGGCUCACGGAAAACACAUCAGCUUUUGGAGAAGGUGGUCUAUCAGAGUGCCUGCAGUGAAACGGUUGCAUCGGUUGCUCGGUGGUACCUCUUGAGGCAUUUGCAUGCCAAAAACGAUGACAUGUUAAUUGAUGUACUUUUACAAAAUGCCAAAGCAAAAGGAGAUGACAGGGUUCUCAAUCUGUACAGUCAGCUUGUCGCAGCCUCGUAAUUUCAAAAUGUAUUCAGGCCGCACUUUAUCACCCAGGACCAGAUGAACAUAUUUUAUGGGGAGCUGUCACAUGCCAGAUAACUCGCCUAUAAGCCUUAAGGGGACACUCCAGCCAAGAUAUGCGUGUUAAUGCAUAUCAUAGCCCAGAGGUCCCUUUAAAUUUCUGUCAGGUCCCUUUUGGAAAUGCAUGGAAGAUUCUGCAGAAUCCCCCCACGUUCAGGAGAUGUAUUUGGAUGAAUACAUCAAUUUACAUGUACUACAUUUACUGCCAGUUAGCUCCAGUGCUUGCUCAUGAAUGCUGGGGGUCUAUUUAAUGGGAGCACCUUCCUGCCACUGAUUGGCUGCUCGAAGAAACCAAUCAGUGACAAGAAUUGUUGGACCAUGGAGGAGGGGCUGCAGCCUGUAUGCUACAUAUUUACGAUAUUUGUGAUAAUGCAGAGCAAAAACACAAUUGUGUUAAAACGUAUUUUGUGCAUUAACAAAUUGCCCUGGCUAUGGCUUUGAUGUAUGUAGAAGCUUGAAAAUAAAUAUCUAAAUAAAUGUAAAAAUGGCAGACAAAGCAA